UUCACUAGGUUGGUUUCACAAAGAACACAUGGUAGUAAGUAAGGUGUAAACGUAAGAUAAAAAUGUGGAAGGUAACGCGGGUAUUUGUGUUGGUAGCACUGUACAGCUAUGUAGGAUCUCAAGAGUAUUCUGGUUCGUUGAGGUUGGUAAACGUGGUGUUCCGGCAUGGACAGAGGACUCCAGCAGAUACCUACCCCUCAGAUCCCCACCUACACCAGACCUUCCAUCCCUACGGCUGGGGGCAGCUGACCAAUGAAGGCAAGCGACAGCAGUACGAACUAGGAGAGUUCCUUCGUGAUCGCUACGGCAGCUUCAUCGGAGAUGGUUUCCCCUCCAAAGUAGCCCGUGUGCAGAGUACAGGGGUGGAGCGAACUCUGAUGAGCGCACAGUUAGUAGCAGCUGGGUUGUUUACCCCCUCCACUCACCCUCUGCAACAGUGGAACCAAAAACUGGACUGGCAACCGGUGGCGGUUCACUCGCAACCACUAGAAGAGGACUCGUUGCUGCUAGUGAGGAUUCCCUGUCCCAGGUAUCAUGAGGAGAGAGACAGACUGAAGAGCGAGGGAGAGGUGAAGAGUUACUUGGCCUCUCUUUCAGAUCUGUACAAAUCUCUCUCCCUACACUCCGGCCUCACAGUGUCUGAUCCAGACGAUGUACAAUCUCUCUACAGCACCUUGCUGGCCGAGGUCCAAUUUAAUCUUACCCUUCCAGAAUGGACGAAGGAUUAUUAUCCAGAGAAGAUGGCAAAAGUAACCGCCUACAGUUUCACCCUGAAUGCGUACAAUGACCAAUUGAAGAAGCUCAAAGGAGGGCCGCUGUUGAAAGAAAUAAUUACCAACAUGAAAGAAAAGAUAAAAGAACCCAAUGGACGUAAAAUGUUUCUGUACGCUGGCCACGACUCGACAGUAGCCAAUAUUCUUUUGGCAUUGAAUGUCUGGGACGAACAAAUCCCCGUUUACAACAUCAUGACAAUGAUUGAACUUCAUCAGUUGAAUGGAGUUUAUGGAGUUAAGGUGUAUUUAAGAAAUUCCACAGAACACGAGCCAUAUCACCUCAGGGUGCCUUCUUGUGGCGAUUUUUGUCCUCUGGACAAACUUGUGGAACUUUCAACCAAAGUUUUACCAGAAAACCUUGAGAAAGACUGUUUAAGCAAAGAUCCAAACUACAAACCUCCACUGCCUUCUGGACCUUGAUUCUAAGACAUCGUUAGGGAAAAGAUUACAAUAGUAACAAUAGCUAAUAAAAUAUUAUUAAUUUUUAGACUUUAAGGUAAUGAAUGUUAUUGUUUUUUAUGUUUAUUUAACAUAUAUGUGAUUUUAUAACUUAAAACAUAUAUUAAAAGCUCUGGUUAGUGAAGAUGGCUUUAACA